GGUGAUGGUGAGGAAACUUGUCUGCCGCCCUGUGUAGAGGUACGAGCGAGCCCCCACUUUAUAAGUGCCUGUGUGUGUCCGGUGCCGAAGACAGCAGGCCAUUAGAGUGGUUCGCUUUCUUCAGACAAGGCAACACUCAUCUCCCAAAUAAGUGUGUAUCCCUGGGUCUGGAGGAUUGUUUUCGCGGUGAAGAGCACGCCCAUACACUGCCAAUAACUACAGCACUCUUAUGGCCCUGCACUCCCUCCCCUACGUGUCACAAAGAAAAGUAUUUACAGUUGAAGAAAUGAUGCCUCAUAUUCAACAUUUGAAAGGAGCACAUAGUAAGAACUUAUUUCUUAAAGACAAAAAGAAGAAACACUACUGGCUGGUGACAGUUCUUCAUGAUAGACAAAUUAAUUUAAAUGAUCUUGGCAAGCAGUUAGGAGUUGGGAGUGGAAAUCUUCGGUUUGCUGAUGAAACAGCCAUGCUCGAAAAACUAAAAGUUGGCGCAGGCUGUGCCACACCUCUGGCACUGUUUUGUGAUGAUGGAGAUGUUACAUUUGUUUUGGAUUCAGCUUUUCUGGAAGGUGGACAUGAAAAAGUAUACUUUCAUCCAAUGACUAAUGCUGCAACCAUGGGCUUGAGUCCUGAAGACUUUCUCGUUUUUGUGAAGGCUACAGGACAUGACCCCAUAAUUCUAAACUUUGAUUAAAAAUUGAUUUGGAGCUGUGCAUGGUCUAGCACUCUAGGCAGAGAAGGCCGGUCUUUGAGUUCUAGGCCAGCCAAGGACUUAAAUAAUUCAGAUGCUGUGUCAAACAAAAAAAAAAGCCAAUUGGGCUAACGCUCAUAAUAAACUCAUUUCCACA